AAUCGUAAUCCACAAAAUCCACUUAAAAUAAAAAAGGAGGGGAAAACGCUAUCUUCUUUUUCAUCAUCACUCAAAGCAAAGCUUCUCUCAGUUACUCUACAAAAAGAAAUGGCCGUCACCGAGCUUACUGAACAAACCCCCAAAGCAAAAUCCCUAAAUUCAUUUCCUACAUCUUUAUUACUCUCUUCGGCAUUUAUUCAAACACCAUUCGCACCUCCAAUUUUGAAGCCAUCAAAGCCCAAUCUCGUGCCCGAAAAUCUAAUUCGUGACCUUCACCAUUCAAUCGUUUCAACCGCCGAUAACUUCUUGAAUUCCCUCCAACAAAAUCCGGUUUUCAAAAACAUCAUCUCAUUGUCCACUGAAUUCCAAAGCUUCUUCAAUGAGGUGAAAACUUGCAGAAACCAGUACGUGAAGAUUAUGAAUUAUUCUCCAGUUUCAAAUCACAAUUUCGCUGCGGUUUUGCCUGGUGAUUCAGUGGCAGGGGUCGUGGUUGCUAACGGAAUCCAAAAUUUCUUAAACAUUUACAACACGUUGUUAAUCGUUAGGCUGGUUUUGACUUGGUUCCCUAACUCACCUCCAGCCAUUGUUAGUCCCCUCAGUACUAUAUGUGAUCCGUACCUGAACAUAUUCCGGGGGAUAAUUCCACCAUUGGGAGGAACAUUGGAUCUAUCUCCAAUACUUGCAUUUCUGGUUCUAAACGCAUUUACUAGUACCGCCGCAGCACUCCCGGUGGAGCUUCCGGUGGCUGGACAACCUCUGAGAAGAGCUUCAUCUCCUUCGUUGUUCACUGCUUUAACCUCGUCGCAGAAGAAAUGGAUGAGACGACUCAACGAGAGCCGGUCCAAGAGCUCCAAAUCGAAUGCCACCAUUUAAACUUAGCACUUCCUUUUGAAUUAAAUAAAGGUCCUUUAAACCUCUUACUCUGUAUCAGUUUAUCACUGGAAAUUCUUUUGCUAUAAAACUACUCAAUUUUCCA